UACGAAACAAAUAACCAUGUAUCUAUAUAGUAUAAAAUUUCACACGUAAGAAUUAUUUUUGCGUCUGCAUGCAACCGUAAGAACGAAUUUGGUGAAAAUAUAAUAACACGCGGAAACUAUCAACCUAUAAAAAAAAUAAAAAAAAUAUGCCGUGUCAAAUAGACGAUAUGCAAAAUAUGCAAAGGGUGAGAGGGGGCUGAGUCUGCGUUACUUUCUGUUACACAAAAAGGAGGGGGAUAGUUGAGAUCGCUACGUAACUGUGAUGUUUGCUCAAAAUUUAAAAUUUUGGAGUGGGGCUAGGUUGUUCAGCGUUACGUGAAAGCAGGGUCAUAUGGAAUGGUAAUUAUUGUUACAUAGGGGGAGGGGAUUAGAAAUCUAUAUUUUUAGCGUUAAGUAAUUUGUGUACGACGCCUAAUUAGCUAUUUUUAGAUAUAUCUGUCAUUACGGCAACAUUAAAGGCAGUAUGUUGAGGUCUUUUUACUCGGGGGAAGCGCUCCAAAUUUCUAUGGGACCGCGUCGAAAAAGACUUUUUUGAAUCGAAAAUAUAACGAAGAAAACCGUUUUAAAAUGUUUGAACCUCGUUUGAGACUGAUAAUGAUCAAUCUAGAGACCCAAAUGCAAUACUUGAAAUUUUCAGCAUUUACAACAUUUUAAUGCUAAAUGUUACUAAGCCUUUCGAAAAAGUCUUACGUUAUUUAUGAAUGACACCUAACGCUCUCCAGUCGCUUUAUAGUUAAUAUGUUAAUAGUGGUUAAUAUGUUCGCUUUGGGUAAAGAUGUUCAUGUUAUUAAUCAGGGCAUCUUAUUAUAAGGCAGCUUGUACACCCAGACCCAUGUCAUAGCAACUGUUUUCUAAAGCCACCGUCGAUGAUGAUGGCACUAGCGUUAAUGGUCUUAAGCUCCGACAUUGUGUCGCAUGUGCUACUGCACGGAUUGUUUGCGUGCUUCUAACUAUACUGAAUGAAGGGUUUUCCGGAGCGUGUUGAAACAUGUUUGAACGUGACCAUUUAUGUUCUGCACAAAAUCCAUAAAAUGUUCAAAACACAACAAACGUUUUACGCCUUUUUUAUUUCUACCUAUUACUUGCAACAACAGUUGAUCUGGCAUGUACGAAGCUUAUGCGGCGGUUUCGCCAGCACUAACAGCUUUUUAACGUAAAAUCGAGCCAGAGAGCCAGAUAAAAACGGCUUCAAGCAAAGUGUAUGGGAAUUACGUUCGUAAAAGGGAUGUGCUUACAUCCUUGUUUCGACGUGUUCGCAAACAAAGUAUUGAAAUAAUCUCUUUUAUGUGAUAACAGUUAACAUGUGAAAUAUUUUACUCUGAAUUUAUGAUUUUAUUUGCUUACCUGCAGUUUUCGAAAUAAUGUCAUAAAACACUAAAAAUUGCAUUCCACCUUUUUACGUGCCAUAAUGCCGAACUAUAUCCAGCUUUUUACGCGCCAUAAUGGCGGACGCUAUAAUGCAAAGUUCGUAAUUCGCGUUGACGGUGUUGCUGAUAUUUGUUUGGUUUUUGCAUGCGAAAAAGAAGGAAGGAAAUAUUUUUGCCUUUGUCAUCACACACAUUAUGACAAUUACAUAUGAGUGUUCACGUAGGUGCGAACAGCCUUCAAAAUCUCUUUCAACGCGAAUAACCCGAAUAAAUUACCCACCCUUUUGACAACUCUGCUUACGUCAGUUUGAAGUCUUCAUAUAUUUUAUCGAAAGAAAAAUAUAUCUGGCAACAUUUGUGUUGCCAAUUUUUCAGAAAUCCUGAAUCUGACGUAAGCAGAGAGGUUCGCAUAUUACGAACUCACAUUAUAGCGACCGUAAUUAUGGUGCGUAGAAAGCUGGAUAAUGAAAAAUUCGCAAUAUGUUACCUACCUUUUGACAACUCUGCUUGCCUCAGUUUGACUCUUCAUGUAUUUUGCAAGGAAAACAAUAAAUCUCGCAACAUUAGUGUUUCCAAAGCCCCAGUAAUCAUAAAACUGACGUAAGCAGAGCAGCGAUGGAAAAAAAUCACCUCUAGCGAUUUUGAAUACAUAUAAAGCAGGCCUAAGAUGCGUUGACAUCGUUGUCAGAAUGCGAAUAACAGGGUAUCGGUGUUGGUUCACUCUCUUUGCUUUCCUUUUUACGAUAUAUUGCUUGUCGUUUGUGUACACCACAACAUAUGAUUCUCAAUGUGCACAACUCGGUAUAUGAAGUUAUUCGUCUCUGUUACACAGAGCAAUCAGAUCUUGUUAUGUUCUUACCCAUGAAUAUGAAUUUUUGUCAGAAAAAGAAAUAAAAUGACAAUGUAUGCUCUCCUACUCUCGCUCAUGUCAACCGCUGCCGAAGUAGUCCCUUCUCCCACACUUUCCCUCUCACCGCACCACACCUCUGCUGCUGCUCAGGCGACAUGAUAUUCUUCUGCUACUAUUCUUUGUUCCCCUAACGACCGGCAUAUGGAGAGACAAACGCAACGAGCGAAUCGCUUCUCAGAGCAGAUGUAGUCUAGUCAUAUGUGUUUAUUUUCUCCCAGAAACCUACGCACCAUAUCAUCAUUUCAUUAUGUGUUGAGAGGAUUCAAGAUUAGUCGCGGUCUGUACACUUCAUGAUGUGUACAUGUGGAGAUUAAACGAUGAUUGCAUCAUAUUCGUUUCGUUUCCAUCACUGAAGCAGAGAGGUUCGCAAAUUACGAAAAGGCAUUAUAGCACCCGUCAAUAUGGUGCAUAAAAACCUGUAUAUAGGAUUGUUUUUGAGUUAUAAGGCAAUCCACGAGACAGUUGUAAUCGGCUGAUUUAAGUCUGUUUUCAACUUAUGACAGCUUUAUGUAUGUUCAAUCGGUCGCAACUUGAAUGCAAUCCGGAUCCAGAAGCGUGAAAAACAAAUGUUAUCCGAUCAGUAGCUCUAGUAUCGCGAGUACCAAUCCUAAAUACAACAAUAAAAAAUAACUUUUGAUAUUAUUGCCGACAUGAAAAGAUUUCGCUUAUGGUCGUGCUCUGGUUUUGCAGCUUGAAAAACAGCAACAAUAACAAACGUACAAGCAGUGCAAAGUCACCCGUGGAUUGCCUUAAGGCCUAAACACAAUGGAUACGUUGCGGCUGCGUUUGCGGCAAUUUGACAAUAGGGGGUUUUAAUUUGAAAAAAUACCUGCUUUUUCUUAUACUAAUCGAUAACCGAACUUCCAGCAGACAUUACGUAAUUUGUCUUAGAUCUCUACGAGUUUUCUUUGAUUUUAAAAUUGAAAAAUUAUAUUUGUUUUAAAUUUUCACUAACUGGCUAGGAACCAUUCAAAUAUUACAUAUCGCGGAAUCUGGCAAUUUUCAAUACCCACCCACCCCCACGUAACGCAAUUUUACAUGUUUAACACACGCAAAGUAACGCUUUGCUGAAUACCCCCAUACAUCUGAGCGCGUUAUGUAUUAUAUGAAUGAUCCCCUAGUAGUGCACAGAGUGACAUUGCUGUUGCUGGCUUUUUGGGGAAUAUAACCCUGAUAGUUAACUAACUACACUUUGUCCUAUCACUGUUUGUUUUUACAUUUUCCGGACUAUCCCGGACUACCCUUUUUCUGUCCCGGACAGUCCGCGCAAGAAACAGAGUGCAGUUUUGAAGACACCAACACAUUCACACGUAUGUGUCAUAUAAAAAAAAAUGUGUCAAAAUCGGUUUGUUUUGGUUAUCGUUCUUCGCGUGUCAAACAUCAGAUUGAAUUUUAUUCAUUUGUUAUUUUGUCAUUUUUCAGUAAAUUGGCAAAUUUUUCGUACAGUAGCACAAAUGUGAUAAAAGACAAUGGCGAUAAUGACCAAAACAAAAGUGACAGUUACCUCUGGUAUUACGCACACCAUUGCAACUGCUCGGGAAGUGUUUUUUUUUUUCAGCUGCAAAGCGUAGUCCGGGACGGGAUAGUCCUGCCGUAAAAACGAAUUCGACAUAAGUGACAUUUCUGCUCUGGACAAUUCUGCUGUGGCUUGUGGAAAAUAUAACCCUGGUUUACGUGUCAUGACAGGGAUGCCAGGUGUGAAGACAAGUCUUAAUAUUAAAAACAUUUGAGCGCGUGUGAAUAAGUGGAAGCCCUAUAGUCGGUUGAUUAACCUCACUCUAUUUAAUGUGUCACUGGAAGUUUUGUAAACUUUCAACGGGGACCGUGCUUACAGAUUUCUUAUGUAUAAAGACAUUAUUUGUAAAGUGUGAAAAUAUUUGAAAAGUUACCUGGCCUACCUGUGUCAUGAUUUCCAGAGUCUAUGUGUAUAUAGAGUCGCGCGAAGAGAAAAUCUAUCGUUUCGGCAACACAUUUUUGUACCGUUUGUUGCUAAGAACUAUACAGUUCUGUUUUCACCAUGCAUAAGCGAAUAUCAUUUUUUGAAAUUCUUCACAAGGUACACAGUUUUGAAAGAUUACACCCGGUGACGUUUUGUUAAAUUUAAGUGAACCAGUGUACAGGUUUAACGUUGGAUUAAGAUGUGUAAGUAAAACUUCGGAAAAACACAUAUUCUUUAUUACGCUCAAUUACAACACUUUUCAACCACUCCUAACAUUAUCACCUUGUUUAUUUACAUUGCUCGAUUGGUACCCUCGUUUGACACUGAUUUGGUUCCUUUGGUUUCAUCUUCACGGGACUCUCAUUAUAAACAUAGACUCUGAUGAUUUCUUGACGGUAGGGUAUGUCUUAAAACCACUUACGGUUGUUAAAAUUCGAAAUCGAUUUUUUCAAUAGUUUUGCUAUUUAAAUUAAGAAAAGUUAGUAAAAUAUGUAUUUCUUUUGACAUUUCUUAUCAAAAGAAAUAAUAAUAUAAAUACCCCUAGAACACCCUAUUAGGAACCAUUCAAAUAUUACAUAACGCGGAAUUUGGCAAUUUUCAAUACCCACUCACCCCCACGUAACGCAAUCUUACAUGUUUGACACACGCAAAGUAACACUUCGCUGAAUACCCCCCCCCCCCACCCCUUUGCGCGUUAUGUAUUAUAUGAAUGAUCCCUUAGCCCAUACAUUAUGCUGAUGACGAUAGGGUGAGGUUGCUCUUACUUCUGAGCUUACAACCUCAAAAAAUUGCAUGCAAGUUAUUACAAAAAAUAUACUUGAUGCGCAUGCGCUGUAUUUGCGUGUCAUUGGUGUCAUUCAUCAAAUGACAUUUCUGCAGUGAAAACGAAAAAUAAACCUCAUGUCAGGCUAGUUGCUGAAAACAAAGUGCGGUACUUUUCUUCUUUCUAAAAAUUAAAUACGCAGUAAAAUCAUGAAACGGUUGUACCCAAGGGAUCCAGGAGCAGGAUCCAGUGCGUCUUCUCCAGAGAAUGGCAACGGAGCCACCGGGUUUAAACAACCUCCAAGUGCACGGCUGAUCAAUUUACACAGACAGAGCCUACCUAUUUUCCAUGUUCGGAAGCAGAUAGUAGACGGAGUAAAGCGACACCAGACGAUGGUUCUGCUCAGUGAUACCGGUUCUGGCAAGAGCACCCAAAUUGCUCAGUACCUCUACGAAGAGAGUGUCAAUCAGGGGAAAAUGAUUGCAGUGACGCAGCCCCGUCGAGUAGCUGCAAUCACGGUAGCCAAACGGGUUGCUCAGGAGCAAGGAGGCACUGUCGGAGACGUUGUUGGAUACACAGUUCGGUUCGAGGAUGUUACAUCAGAGAACACUCAGAUAAAGUUCAUGACAGAUGGUAUUCUGUUUCGGGAGGCUUUGACGGAUCAGUUGCUUAAAAACUAUAAUAUUAUUAUACUAGACGAGGCCCACGAACGAACGAUUGCCACCGAUGUUUUGUUUGGGAUUGUUAAGAAAGCACAGCAAAUACGCCGGACGAAGCUAUUGGAGCCACUGAAGGUUGUCGUUAUGUCUGCCACAAUGAAUGUAGAUCAUUUUACCAAAUAUUUCAACAAUUGUCCAACCCUCUAUCUGCGAGGAAGUAAUUACACGGUCAAGAUCUUUCAAUGCCUAGACAACGUUCACUAUUUAGAAGCGUGUAUUACUACGAUAUUUCAAAUUCACGAGCAUCAGAAUAGUAGUAACGGAGAUAUUCUGGUUUUCUUGACGGGUCAAGAAGAAAUUGAAUCCACAGCUAGUUUAGUGCGGAGGCUAGCUAAAACUAUCUACCAACGCGAUCAUCUGCGGCUCGUCGUGUAUCCAAUGUAUGCAGCAAUGUCUCAACACAGUCAAAUGGACGCAUUUCUUCCGGCGCCUCCAUUCACGCGAAAAGUCAUUCUAGCUACCAAUAUCGCCGAAACUUCGAUUACCAUUCCUGGUAUUAAAUACGUUAUCGAUUGUGGCAGAUCGAAAGUUCGCGUUUUCAAUUCUCUGACGGGUAUUGACACCCUACAAGUAGAAUGGAUAUCAAAGGCACAAGCGUGGCAGCGAACGGGUCGGGCCGGUCGCAUUGAAGACGGAGAAUGUUACCGAGCCUAUAGUUCCAACGAGUACAAAGCCAUGGAGGCGCACAGUAAACCGGAGAUUCUCCGUUGCAAUAUUGCAGCAUCUGUGUUACAACUGCUAGCGCUGGGAAUCGACAGUCGCCAGUUUGAUUUCUUAGAUAAACCACCGACGGAUACUAUCGACAGUGCCCUGCAAGAGCUCAAAGAAUUAGGUGCAAUUCUUUCCGUUGAAACACCAGCACUUACACCUUUGGGCUGGAAAAUGGCAAAGCUUCCCCUAGAUCCGAAAUAUUCCAAAAUAUUACUUAGUGCAUCAGAGUUUGGUUGCCUCGAAGAAGCCCUCUCUAUAGUGGCAAUGCUCUCCAGUGAGAAUGUGUUCCUUAGCAGUAACCAAAAACGAGAACAGUUACUAACCGCUCACGCCAAAUUUCAUGCCAAAUGCGGAGAUCACAUAACUUUGCUGAAUGUUUUCAACGAAUAUCGGACGAAAGACAAACCCAAACGUUGGUGCUUCGAUAACUUUUUGCUCGAAAGGAAUCUCAGUCACGCGGCUGCCGUUCGACAGCAGCUAGUCGACAUUUGCCAAAAGCUUGGUCUUAAGUCAACCACCUGCCAUAACGAUCCGGUUCCUGUGGUGAAAUGUCUGCUCAGUGGAUUGUACAAAAAUGUAGCCACACUGCAAAUGGACAACAGCUAUAUAGGUAUGUUUAGUCGGGCUCGGUGCCGGAUCCAUCCAUCCAGCGUGUUGGCCGGGCGGGCUCGGCCUGCAUAUCUGCUGUUUACGGAACUGAUCAAAACGGGUAACAGCUACUUGAGAACGGUUAGCGAACUCGAAUAUCAGUGGAUUAUGGAUGAGCCAAACUGUGACUCCCUAAGUCUAUCAAGCGACAACAACCGAGGAAGCAAUACCAGCUACGCAACAAGCUAUCAUGGAAUUCGAUAAAAAGUUUGUGCCAUCCAUGAUAGAAACCCCUCUCCAACUUCAGCCUGUGCCAUUCGUGAUAGGAAGAAUAACAAUUCCCGAGCCCAGUGAAAUGGGUGGAGAGGUUUAGUGUGCAUUUUGUCACAAAAAUGAUUUAUUUGCAUUUAUUUCAAAUGCCAAUUCUGUUCAAUGUGUGUGCAUAUUGAACGAACAUCGCCCAAACAAAGAUAUAUGCAUAUUUUUCAAAUAUGUUAUAAAAACCAUGUUUAGUUGCAGUCAGAAGUUUUUACUUUUGAUGAAAGAGAAUACAGUAAUAAUUAUCAAUACUCUAAAAACCCUUUUAUUUUUGUGUUGAGAACUAAAAUGAAAAACAUCGCUCCAACUUAUGUACUUAUUCUUGUUUUUGUGCGAAUCACAUUCGUACGAAGGUUUCGAAUAUUUGGUUUUCUGUUCAUUAACCCUCUAGUGCCCAGUGCCGCCUCUAGGCGGUCUUCAGUCGAACCUCUAAAAAGCUUUAAAGAGAACUUAAAAAAUGUUUAUGAGGCUUAAUAGUGAUUUUUUCGAAGUCCGUCUAAAAAUUAAUUUGGGUACUAGAGGGUUAAGAACAUUGUACCAGUCAAUGAAAAGCUCAUAAAAUUAUUAUUGAAAUUUUUAUUAUAUUCGGUGAAGAAAGGAAAUUCUUGUUCAAUGUUGAGUAAAGCUGGGCCAUUAUAGUUUUCAAAUUUA